UCAAAAAAAGAUUUAAUUAGUAACUUUAAAUUAUCAAUCUUAUCUACUCCUAAAUUUAAGAUUCCAAUGACUUCUUCAAAUCAUCCAAGUAUUAGAUGGCAAUCAACACCAACGAUCCGUCCAACUCUUUCAGCUACGAUUAUGCAUAAUGGAAGACGUUAUAUAACAAGAAGUGAAGAAGACGAAAUUUCAAAAGAUGAAGAUGAAAGAUUCUUUCCAAUCUUAGGAUCUAAUACUUUAUUAAACGGAUUACAAGGACUUUGGGUAGGAUAUUAUGGAUUUCAUCAUGGAGUCGAAUUUGGAAACCUUUCGAUCGAUCCUAUUUCAAACCAACCUAAUUUAUUACAAAUCACAUUUGUUAAAAUCACGGGGGAUAGAAAUGUACCAAGUGGGAUUGUGAGUUGGAAAACUAUUGUGGAUCGGAAAAGAAAUCAAAAUGGUCAGAUUAAAGGAGUUGUGGAUUUGGAUUGGAUCGAACGUUUGGAUUCUGGUCAAGUUGAUCCUAGUGAAUGGAGUUCUGGUCGUGUAAAAGGUCAAGGUAGAGUUGCCAAUUUGAAUUAUGAGAAUCCAGUUUGGAUAAAUACUUCUAUAAGUUUUAUUGAAGAAAAUCAAUCAGAUGUAGAAAAUGCAGAAGGAGAAGAAGAAAAAGAAGAAGAAUGGAAUGGAUCUAAUGUUAAGUCAAUCAGAGUAGUUUGGCAUGAAUUAAAUCAUGUUUCUAGUUUUUAUAAAGUUUAAACCAAAAAAAAAGUUUAUUUUAAAAAAAUCUCUCUCAACUUUCAAGAAGAAGAAAAAAACAGAACGUGUUCAAGAAUUGGAAAGAAUAAAAGGAUUUGUCUUUUUGUUUUGUUCUGUGUUUUUUAUUCAUUUUUUUCAAUAAACGUCUUUGUAAAAGUGGUCAUCUUUUCUUUUGGAUUUGUCAUUGGGCUUCUUUGUAUUUGUAAAAGCAGUAAGCAACUUGUACAAAUUGAUAAAUGAAGUUAUGUAAUUAGCAUAUACAUGAAGUAUUAAUGAUUAAUCAAACUAUUUUUUUUGU